GAGCCCAUACAGCACACUCAGCUCCCGCGCCUCAAAGCUUCUCCGUUCUUCCCAAGAAGCAACAGUUAGUGCAACUCAGGGUGGGGCAGACCUUUGAAUUCUCCAGACCAAAGGAGGGUUUCGAGAGGCAUUUCUCGAGAACAUGCGGCUCCCGGGACUACUGUCCACACCCCAGACCAUUGCAACCCCGACGUAUCCCCAGCCUUCUUUUUCUAUUGAGUCUAGAAGGAGAACGCGCAUUUCGUCUGCAAGAGCAAAGAACUUCCCAAGAUGUCUUCUUCCCUUCAUAGCUCUGUGCGAAUUUUAAUAAGUAAAUACCUCCCGGACUGCCGCGAGGCCGGGCACUUACGCAACUUGAAAAUAGGGCAAGCCGGGGCAAAGAGAAGCGAGUCUUCAACAGAAAUCCUUCCCGAGGUCAGCCCAUCGACUAACCGCUGCCAAGCUCAAAUGUAAAAUGACUACCUAGCAGCCCGGUGCAUGGAAUGCAAGUAGUGCACGGCAUAUCUUUUAAUUAAAGCAUGGAAUACGGAAAACAAAAACUUCAGCUAGUGUUUUAGUCUCAUCUGAAAUUCUACAGGCAUGUAUCUUAUAAGUAGUAUAUGGCAGAGUUUUAAGCCAAUCUGAGAGUCUGUUUUCCAGUAGAAAUUUCAAGCACUAUUUUUGACUACUUGCUACUGAAUGUUCAGUCGAUGAAAUUGAAGGUCUUUCACUCAGAAGAAAUAAAUCAAGAAGAACCCGAGGCUCGCGUGCUCCUGAGUUGCUGUGCAUGGCCCCAGCGCUCCUGACCACUCUUCCGGGUAGGAUGUCGCUGAGAUCCCUGAAAUGGAGCCUCCUGCUGCUGUCACUCCUGAGCUUCCUGGUGAUGUGGUACCUCAGUCUUCCCCACUACAAUGUGAUAGAACGCGUGAACUGUAUGUACUUCUAUGAGUAUGAGCCCAUUUACAGACAAGACUUCCGCUUCACACUUCGAGAGCAUUCGAACUGCUCUCAUCAAAACCCAUUUCUGGUCAUCCUGGUGACCUCACACCCCUCAGAUGUGAAAGCCAGACAGGCCAUUAGAGUUACUUGGGGUGAAAAGAAGUCUUGGUGGGGAUAUGAGGUUCUCACAUUUUUCUUAUUAGGCCAGCAGGCUGAAAGGGAAGACAAAAUGUUAGCAUUAUCCUUAGAGGAUGAACACCUCCUUUAUGGCGACAUAAUAAGACAAGAUUUUUUAGACACGUACAAUAACCUGACCUUGAAAACGAUUAUGGCAUUUAGGUGGGUAACUGAGUUUUGCCCCAACGCCAGGUACAUCAUGAAGACAGACACUGAUGUCUUCAUCAAUACUGGCAAUUUAGUGAAGUAUCUCUUAAAUUUAAACCACUCAGAGAAGUUUUUCACAGGUUAUCCUCUAAUUGAUAACUAUUCUUAUAGGGGAUUUUACCAAAAAACCCAUAUUUCAUACCAGGAGUAUCCCUUCAAGGUGUUUCCUCCCUACUGCAGUGGGUUGGGUUAUAUAAUGUCCAGAGAUUUGGUGCCAAGAAUCUAUGAAAUGAUGAGUCACGUAAAACCCAUCAAGUUUGAAGAUGUUUAUGUUGGGAUCUGUUUGAAUUUAUUAAAAGUGGACAUUCAUAUUCCAGAAGACACCAACCUUUUCUUUUUAUAUAGGAUCCAUUUGGAUGUCUGUCAACUCAGACGCGUGAUUGCAGCCCAUGGCUUUUCUUCCAAGGAAAUUAUCACAUUUUGGCAGGUUAUGCUAAGGAACACCACAUGCCAUUAUUAAUUUGACAUUCUACUCAAGGCCUAGAGAAGGGAGGGAUACUUUGUGGAAAACGUUAAGGUUACACUAUGAAAUCUCCAAUGGAAAACUCAUGGGAAGGUCACUGUGUGGCUUACACGGAACUGAAACUCAUGAAGAGGCUAUAGGCUGGAGACUGGAGGGUUGUACUUGACCUGUGGUUUAUUUUGACAACAAUCAAGUCAGGCCUUUUAAAGGUGAUGUUCAGAGGAAUUAAACAUCUUAUAAAGGAAUGGGAGCUUUCUGUUAAUAAAACUCAUAGGACCUAACAAUUUGAACGUGUCGUUCUAUAGAUUAAAACUUCUUAAAUGGGUUUCAUUGAAUUAUAAGCUCAUUUGUCCAUAAUAACAAAGCAGUGUGGAGUAUUAUUCAUUGAACAGUCUAGUCAGUUCAGGGUUUUGUGUAUAUCUUACAUGGAUUACAGUUUUUUAAAAUAUAUAGUUGUGUGUAAAACAAGUGAAGUUAUGCUGAACAAAACUUCAUCUCUUUUUGGUCAUUUGGAAGAUACUUCAGGAUGUUGCAGUAUUUCAGUUAUCAAUUAUUAUUUAAUGUUACUUAAAGUUUUGCACUUUUAUGGGUGUUUGAAUGUUAUGGUUGUUUCAAUACUGUAUAAACAGAAUAGUGAAAAAUCACUCUUUAUAUUUAAACUUCUUUUCCAGUUACUUCACUGAUGAGUUUAUUAUGAAUAGCUCCAUUAAUGUGUAGAUAUUGGUCAUUAUUGCAUAUCAGUAAUCUCCUGAACUUUGAUAAAUAUUUCUUCGUGGUAAUAUAGAGAAGAAUUAAAGCAAGAAGAUCUAAAUUAUUGUCUUGUUUUUAAAAAUAUAAUCCCUGGUGUUUUUAGAUGUCA